GCGUGAAUCACGGCAUCACCAUCUCUACAACAACCUUUUUGGAGUGCACUUCAUUUUCUGUCCUUUUUUUCCUUUUGACAAGACAAUUUGGUCAUCCCUCAUUUGGAACAAAGAGCAAAUCCAUCGUGCCACCUUCAACUAAAAACUCACCUUAGUCCUUGGUCCUUGGAAGCCGUUACUUCUAUCUAAAUCAGCCCGCUGCAAGGCUACGACAAGCGCGUCUCCAAUCUGUUUACCUGAACUUUAUCACACGUUUUCACAUCUCAUCACGUUUGACAUCCCACAUCAUCCUUAUCGCUAUGAUCAAUUAAUCCCUUCUAUGUUGGCAAUAUUCCAACCGUUGACCACAAGUAAUUAAGAGUUAUAAUGGCCACGAAACAGGAAUUUAGCGCACCGCGCAAGAAAGGAUUGAUGACAUAUGGAAAAGCUGCUCGUAAAAGACAGCCAAAGACAGUAUUCACGCCAGCCGCUUUUCCACCUAUCCUGGAAGAUGAUGAUGGCUCUCCGGUUACGAAGCACAAGGCUACCGUAACACAUCGGCGACCUUCUCUUCUCACUUCCCCUCAACGCGAUCCUUCUUCGCCCUCCUCGAGUCUUGAUAACAUUCAUCGUAACAAGACGAACACAAUUAACUCAAACGAGGAUCUGCAAAGCCAAGACCGGAAGCGCAAAAUAUCUCAAGUAUAUACGUCGUCUAAGGGGCGAGUACAAGAGCCUGCUCAGACCGGUCAGAAGAGUGUUUCUCAAAAUCGCAUACCUCCUCGAUCGCGCCCAUCUACCUCCACCAGCCUCCGUACCAGUAAACCAAUCGCAUCCACCUCACGACAACGCGCCCGGCCAGUUUCGCCUGAAUUAAUGGAUAUCGAUAAUGCUGAACCCAGCCUAUCGAGUCCACCCCCGACCCCGACACUACCAAAGCCUUCGAGACAACCCAAGGCCAUAGCUAGCAAAGGGUUAACAUCAUCAGUCUCAGGUACAAAAGCAGCAGGGAAAGCGAAACAAGGCAAUACACAGCAUCAAAUCCCGCUACGCUUUGCGCGUGAAGAUAUCACGAAGCCAGCAGUCCCACGUGCAAGCUCAAGUGUAUCUUCAAAGAUAGUGAACAAGGAGGUUCGACCUACGCCUCAGCUAGCUCCUGAAAGCGUUUCGAAAAAGCGUCGACGCCGGCUGAUCGAUACACUAAUUGAGCAGACCAAAGAUGAUGAGGACGAAGAGGUAAUGGAAUCAGUCGACGAGGUGCUUAGUAGUCAAGUAGAUUCCAGUCAACCAACUUUAAGCCACCAAGUCAGCGAUGUUUCAAUGCUGGAGUCACAGCCGUUGCCCCAAACCCCAAGUCGUAAUACUACGACAUCUCAAGCGACCAGCAUCAGGACUUUCGCACGUUCUAGCAGUGCGCUCAAGUUUACAUACGGCCAAGGCAGAAAAGUGUUAGAAGAGGAAGGGGACUUGCUGGAAUCUCUCAUCCUACCCGAAGAGUCGUCAACAUCAUUAAAGGGAAGACGUUUGGAACUCGGUACACCAAAGAAAGUGGUUGCUGCUAAGGGAGCCCUUGACGAUGAUGAUCUUGGAAUCAAUGGUUCGCCCAACUCAAAACUCCGAGAUAUUCAUGAAUUGAGACAAGCCGGGGCGAAUUCUCGUGUAGCCGAUACGAUGCAAGACUUGGCUGACCAAAUUGGCUCCCCGUGCAACAAACCUUCAUCUUCUCGAAGAGCUGCGUUGAUACAAGUAGCAGAGAAAAUAAAGGACAAGGCGUUCAUGUGGCAAUGCCGCGAUCACGGCGUUGAGGCGGCAUUGUUGAAGGAUACGGGCAAAGAGUCCGAUAUUAUAUCCGGAUACCUCAUAUUAUCUAUCCUCGUGACAAUACUGGCAAAGUGGCCUUCGUCACAUAUACAACAGCUCGUCCGGCUCGGGAACCCUGCGGGCAUGUUUUCUCACUUGCUCGGAAUAUCUAAAGAUAUAAAGGUAAUAGCGCGCGACAGAAAGAGCAAUUUAUCUAAGAGAAGCCAGGCAUCUCUCAUCGCUAUUCAAACUUCGCUACGCGAGCUAUCAAUCUGGGAUAAGGCUAGCCCGUCAUAUAUCUCGCCGAGAAGUCUUGUUCUCAAAUGCCUGCACCUGCUCGUCGCCCACGAUGUCAACGCAGCUAGAGAUCCUGCCAUAUUCUCUCCGGCUGUAACAGGGGCCCUCUUCUCAGUGCUCUCUGAGGCGGCUGAAAAUGCAGAGCACUGGAAUUAUCCGGAAGCAACGGAAGCGAUCGAUCUAGCACAUGCUUUAUCGAUCCUUGAAUUCUAUGCCGUUAGCAUUGCGGAAACGCAGCGCAUAGGCGUUAGUUGGGUUGUUCCAUAUCUCCCAAUUGUAGCUGAUGUCUUCGGGGCUUCUUCGCAGAAUAUAGUGCCGGAUGUUACGGCCCAGAAUAGUGAGGGCAAGCUUCUUGAGGAUGCCGUCCUAAAGCUUACUAUAAACUUGACAAAUAAUAGCUUGGAGGCGCCAGAGAUAUUUGUCUCGAAAGGACUUAUACCAGCCUUAGCAGGAUCUAUCUCUAGCAAUUUUACUAAGAUUUGGGACUCGUUGUCUCAAGAUACAUGGGUCGAUGGGCUCCUCGACAGCUUGGUCCUACGGCUAGGGAUUUUGAUUAACUUUUCGGAACACAGCUCGCUCGUACGAGAAGUUAUAAAUGAUUGUCACCACGACGGCCAGCGGCCAAUUGACGAGCUUAUCCGACUGUUUCUAGAAAAUUAUCGGAGGACGGCAGAAGCCGAUUCGAUGGAGACUAGUCACCUGAAUGUAGCCUUCGGAUACUUGACGGUAUUACUAGGCUACCUAGCUUUACACGGGCCGGUACGACAGAAAAUACGAUCAAGUCAUUCAGCCAAGAGCAUUAAGCCGCUGCUUGACUCACUGCGCGAGUUCCUUACCCACCAUAGGAAAGUGGAACAGAGUGUAGAGGAAAGUGAAGAUGGCUCACGGGGUCACAGUAGCUAUACGGAGCGGCUUCAAGAUCUGGUACAUCAACUGGAAGAUCAGGCUGCAUAUGAUUGAUUCGGGGGCUGCUUACAUAGACCGAGCGUGUCUCGUGACGCGGCACAAUUUUCUGUAGGAUCAUCUACAUGCAAAAUUUACCGUCGAAGCAAUGUAGGCUUGGCAACGGGAUACGAAAGGGGUUGAUGUGUUUUUCUCAUCAGGUGCUCUGAAGAAGGAAAAGGGAGCUGAGACGUCUGUGAUGAAUUUUAUUGGCAUUGCCUUGAGGGAGUGUUCCUUAGACGAUGUCAGAAUAUCAUUAAAAACAGAAAACGAUUACGUAUGCGGGAUGGGAUUGGCAAUGGCGGAUAGGUACGGAAGCAAGCAAGCAACGCAGGCAUAGGACUAUACCCAGGACAUAGAAUUGCGUUGAAUUGAAGAGAAGUAGGACUCUGAAAUUUGAUACUGCAACGUUUGCGAUCUCUAUACGGAUCCUCAGCUUGAGCCGCAGGAAUGCAAC